UGUGUAGCUGUCAAACGACGGCUUCGUGCAAGUGUGAACCAGCCUUUAAAGGUCUCUACUUCCGUGGCACUGUUAACGAUCUGUCACCAAAAUGACUAAGAAGAGGCGUAAUGGAGGACGCUGCAAGCACAACCGCGGCCAUGUGAAAGCCGUCCGCUGCACGAACUGUGCUCGCUGCGUUCCAAAGGACAAAGCGAUCAAGAAGUUCGUCAUCCGCAACAUUGUGGAAGCCGCUGCCGUGCGGGACAUCUCCGAUGCUUCGGUGUACAGCUCGUACGUACUGCCGAAACUGUAUGCCAAGCUGCAUUACUGCGUAUCGUGCGCUAUCCACUCGAAGGUUGUCCGCAAUCGCUCGAAGGAAGCCCGUCGCAUCCGUACACCACCGCAGCGAUCCUUCCCGAAGGACAUGAACCGACAGCAGAACGCUCAGCGCAAGUAAAUCUGCUGCAAACCCGGGGCGGUCCAGUGGUUCGUGAUUGUCGGGGGCGAUUAAGAUGGAAUGAAUUCUCGCUGGAAUCGUCGGGAGCCACUUUUGGUCUAGUGCGUUCGAGAGCUGCACACGUAUUUCUAGCGAUAGAAGAAGGGGCUGAGAAGAAAGAAUGAAAAGGACGAAAUAAGAAAACUAAAAACGCGUCAAAAUACAAAACCGAACGGCUAUUCCAUCAAA